UCGGGGUAAGGAUAGAAGAUGGCGGCGCUGUUAGAAGAUUCGGGAGAUGAAAAUUAUUUCGUUAGAGAGAUUGAGAAGAACGAUGGUUCCUGCUUACAAAUAAAACAGUGUAGCAAGGGAGACGUAGGCUGCGUGGUGUGGGAUGCGGCAAUCGUCCUUUCUAAAUAUUUAGAGACAAAACAGUUCUACGAUAUUCAAGGUGGAAUAAGUAAAUGGGCCAACAAAAAUAUCUUGGAACUAGGAGCUGGGACAGGAGUCGUGGGACUCAUGGCAGCGACGCUGGGAGCACAUGUCAACGUUACGGACCUGGAAGACUUGCAGCAUCUCCUGCAAAUGAACAUCCGGGACAAUCAAGCCUUGGUCAGCAGUGGCUCAAUCGUAGCCAAGGUAUUGAAAUGGGGUGAAGAUGUUACGGAGUUUUUACCUCCUCCGGAUUUCAUUCUGAUGGCGGAUUGCAUUUACUAUGAGGAGUCUGUGAAGCCGCUGGUGAAGACGCUGAAGGAUCUGGCCGGGCCAGGGACCUGCGUGAUCUGUUGCUAUGAGCAGCGCACCAUGGGCAACAACCCUGAGGUGGAGAAGCAGUUUUUUGAGCUGCUGCGGCGGGACUUUCAGUCCGAGGAGAUCCCCCUGGAGAGGCAGGACCCAGAGUUCAGCAGCCCGGACAUCCACAUCCUGCACCUCUACCCACUGGCCUGAUGUCCUGCUGGGACUGCAGGGCCAGCACAGGAAGUGCCUGCGUCCCACACAGGAAGUGCCUGCGUCCCACACAGGAAGUACCUGCAUCUCUACAGAGAGACCGGCUCUGAACCAGUGACAGCAGGGAGGAGGGCCGGGGACUGGCAGCCAGCAGUGGCGGAGAGCUCUCAGGUUUAAGACGAGCUCGUGGGUGAAGGAUGAGACUGCCACUGAUGGUUUGUCUGGUGAGUCUGUCAAUGCGAAGUUUUUGAUUACCCACUGUGCUUGUGGGAAUAUGGGACUCCAAGUACCAUGAAAGCAUGUGUGACAUUUUUGUGUGUGUGAUGACAACAUGGGGUUGAAAUGUAUAGGUUUUCUGUGGGUGGGAGAGGGGGUUGCAGUCAAUAAUUGUGUGGAAAAUAUUGUUUAGGUUUUUUUUUUCUAAUGUCUUCACAAUGAAAGCAUCGGAAGAUUUCAUGAAGAGUGUAAAUUAUUUUACAG